GUCUCCAUUCCCCAUCUUGGAGGGAGUACACUGUGCGCGCAUCCGCUGCCCAUUUCCCCCCUGGUCUCGGCAAGGCGAGAGCGAAGACUGACGCCGCAGCUGCCGGCGAGGCGAAGACCAUGGAGCGGCAGCAUCCGGCGGUGCCCUUGCUCCCCAUCCUCCUCCUCCUCGCGCUGCUCUCGCCGGCCGCCCGUGGCUCGGAGUCGCCGCAGUACGCGACGGUGCAUGCGGAGUCGGACUUCGAGGUGCGGCGCUACCGCGACACCGUCUGGAUGUCCGCCCCCUCCGACGACAUCUCUUUCCACGUCGCCACCAAGCUCGGCUUCCACAGGUUGUUCCAAUACCUGAUGGGCGCAAACCUGAACUCCUCCAGGAUCAGUAUGACGACCCCUAUCCUAACGAGCAUCGUCCCAGGCGCGGGGCCUCUCCACUCUUCGGCCUACUUUGUCCGGCUCUACUUACCCUUAGAGUUCCAAGCUUCCCCUCCUGUCCCUCUCCCAGAACUGAACCUACAUCCAGAUAGGUGGCCAGGCCACUGCGUCGCUGUCAGGAGCUUCUCUGGCUACGCACGCGACCACAAUGUGGUCGAGGAAGCUGAGAAACUCGCAGUGAGCUUGAGCCGGACACCGUGGGUGAACUCCACAGAUCACCCUAGCAAGAACGCCUACUCCAUUGCACAGUACAACAGCCCCUUCCGCAUCAUCGGCCGUGUCAACGAGGUGUGGUUCGACGUCGACUGCAGAUCUGCUGGUGUGGAGGCUUAUUAAAAAUGCUCUCUGCAGUAUGCCAUCACCAUAAAACCAAGCGAAAUGCGGCACCGUGUAAGCUGUGUAGCUUUGUAUAUAUGUGACCUUUGGUUAUCUGUAUGCCUGUGAUGAAGAAGUGACACAAUGGAUGUACCAUUGCUCCAUGUUGCGUGCUCAACUCAGAAUGAUCAACGCAACUCAGCUACUGUCGACCGAAUGCAAAGUAACUACUAGUACUAAAGCUAUGAAAUGCCACUGCAUUGUUCAGAGA